CAGAUAUUUUACGAGAUGCGUUUGCGUAUUGUGCAAAAAAGCAAGAUUGAAGGAAGCAUAAUAACCAUCACCACCAAAAAUGAAGCAAGCUGCAUUUUCAUCGAGGAUUCCGACAGGAUUGAGGGUUCCAAAAAACUCCCGGACCUACCAGGAAACUGUGGGUGAUGGAUGUGGAGCGAAACGGAAUCGUUUUGCGGGCAAGAUCGUCAAAAAUGCAAACAACCAACAAUCGGAGCUGGAAUCAGACCCAUCAAACAUUGCGGACAGGACAUGGAAUCAGCUAUUGAAUAAGGAAUAUGUUUAUCCAGACGAGGACUGGAUUCAGGAUGAAACUCCUCCACCUUUAGUCCCCAGUGACAAUGACCAGUUCCCAGUGAAACAUAUCUCGCGGAUGACGACGAAGAUCUGUUUGAUUGGGAACCGAUAAAUAUUUCAGAGCUCGAAGAUGCCAUAUUCAGGAAGCUGAAGGCAGAAAGAGAUCUCUGGAAAGCAAAAAUAGAAAAUGACAAAUUGCAACAGGAGAAUCGUCGGCUGAAGGCAACGAGAGGAGUCAGCCUACUUAGUCGUUGCUGUUUUCGAUUCUUCCUGUUUAUUGUUGGUGAGGU